CUGGACAUCACAGUCCCUCUCUGACAUAAAGUUCCUCCUCCUACAGUUUUAUCUCAUUUUCAACCUGUUUCAUCUUUUAGGUUAAACAUGACAAGCUCUUGGGACUGGUUCGCUGCUCUCUUAUGUCUCCUCUGUCUGGGGGUUGAAGUGCAUUGUACUUGCACCAAGACAAGCAUUGACAUUAUUGGUGGUAAUUAUACAUUGACGAGGAACCUGGAGAAAGACAGCCGGCUGGUCUACCACUGCUCUGAAGGACAAUAUCCAUACCCCGAAUUGACCCGGGUGUGUCAGGCUGAUGGAACCUGGAAACCUGCACCCAAAAGAAGCAUACCACAGACCUGCAAACGUGUGACAUGUCCAGACCCAUUUGUGCUGCAGAAUGGAAAUGUCUCCCCUCCUCAGGACAAUUACUUUGUUGGAGAUGAGACGACAUACAUGUGUGACUCUGGAUACACGAUGCGAGGCUCAUCCAGCCGGAUCUGUUUACCAAACGGGAAGUGGAACGGUUCCACUCCCAUCUGCAGCUAUGACUCUGGAGAAGCUUGUCCAGAUCCUGGGAUCCCACCUGGUGCAUCAAGAACAGGAAAUGGAUUUGAUAUUGAUGACAGAGUGAAAUAUACCUGCAGUGACAACAUGUUUCUGGUGGGCUCCAGUGAAAGAGUGUGCCAAGAGAACGGCCAGUGGACGGGCAAAGAGCCAGCGUGUUACUACAAACACACCUACGACACUCCACAGGAGGUGUCAGAGGCAUUCGGAAGUGCAAUCAAAGACAGCCUCACUACUCUGGAGUCUCUAAAUGAUACACAAGAAGGACGUAAGAUUAGGAUUUCUAAAGCAGGAAUACUCAACAUCUACAUUGGUGUGGACAUUUCUGAGAGUAUUUUAAAGGAAGAGUUUGAACAAGCAAGAAAUGCUGUCAUAACACUCAUCAACAAGAUUUCCAGAUUCAGUGUGUCACCAAACUACGAAAUCAUCUUCUUCUCCUCUGAAGUUUAUGAAGUUGUCAAUAUUCUUGACUUUUAUGAUGACAACAAGGAAGAUAAACUGAAGCAUGUCAUGAAGGAUUUAAGAGCAUUUGAAAUAGGCGACAGAAACACUGGAACUGAUCUAAAUCUCGCUUUUAAAACGUUUGAAGAUCGGAUGUCUUUUAGAAAGGAGCAAGUUGGACCUGAAGUUUUUAAGGAGUAUCGCCACACUCUGAUCAUGUUUACGGAUGGUGUUUAUAACAUGGGCGGCCCCCCCACAAACACAGUGGAGAGAAUAAAAAACAUUGUUUAUAUGAAUGCGGCUCAAGGCGUAAAGCCUGGAUCCAGAGAGGAUUUUCUUGACAUUUAUGUUUUCGGUAUCGGGGCUCAGAUCUUUGACGACGACCUGCAGCCCCUCACUGUAGGAAAAGACGGCAAGCAUUACUUCCGGAUGAAAGACAUCGGCAAUUUAGGAGAGACCUUCGAUGAGAUAAUAGAUGAAAGUGAAGUCGUGGGUAUGUGUGGUCUUUACCAAGAGUAUAACACCGCUGAGGACAAAGACAGCAGACUGAGAAGAUAUCCGUGGGUGGCAUUUGUGAUUAACAAGGGGCAAAACAAAAAGACAUGCUUCGGCUCUCUGGUGUCACCUGACUUUGUGUUGACUGCUGCUCACUGCUUCACUUUUGGUGAUGAGCCCAAAGAUGUGGUUGUUGAAAUUGAAGACGGAUCAGCUAGCAGAGUGAAGGAAGUAAAAAAUUUCACAUGGCACCCAAACUAUAACAUCAGGGCAAAAGCAAAAGAAGGAGUUGCUGAGUUUUAUGACUAUGAUGUGGCUAUCAUCAGAUUGAGCGAGGCUGUAGCAAUCUCUGCUUCAACAAGACCCAUUUGCAUACCUUGCACCCAGGAAACCAGUGAAGCUCUAAAACUGGUUGGCAAAUCAACAUGCAAGCAACAAGAGGAGCUUCUGCUAAAGGAUAAACUCGAAAGGCUCAGUUUUCUGACCAAGCAUGAGCCUUUCGUAGCUGAAAAAGAGGUCUUUGCCAAGCUUGGAGAAGAUAGAAACUUGUGCAUCCAAAAGGCGCUGAAUGCUCCAGGUAUAAGUGCAACUGACCCAAAGGUGGCUGUGACUGAUAACUUCCUGUGCACCGGUGGUCUGGAUGAACGGAGGAAUCACAUAUCUUGUAGAGGUGAUUCUGGAGGUGCUGUCUUCAAGAACUACGAGCUUCGCACAAUUCAGAUUGGCGUGGUCAGCUGGGGGACCCACGACCUGUGUGGCUCCGCCACUGGCGGUUUGAUUGAGUCCAAUGAAGAUUCCAGAGAUUUUCACGUUAAUCUGUUUAAAAUGGUGGAUUUCUUUAAGUCUGUCCUUGGAGAUGACAAUCAAGACUACGUACCACUUAAAUUUCUGGAAGAAUAAAAACACUAUGUCUGCUGCA